GCGGGCAGGUCUUAAAGGGGCCGCAGCCGUCGUUUCAGCCUCUACCUUUUCUCCCCUUUUGCAAGCGCGAGCUCAGAGUUCCCGGAAGCCGAGCACAGCUGGAACAGCUGGAGCCUCCGCUGGUGGCCGGGGCGAGGUUCUGCCCCGAGAGAGCCGGUGGUGCGCGCGCCCUCCGGUGCCCCGCGCCCUUCUGGGUCGGCCUCUGCUCGAGCUGGCUGCCAGCUUUCACAUCUGGGACCCGCCGGGGCAUCGGGGGGGCCUGCUCGCAGUUGGGGCGGCCUAUGCUGGAGGCUGGAGAGUGAGGACUCGCCCAAGCUAGCACCACCGGCCCCCCGGCCCUGGGAGCUUAACAGACCGCUGCGAUGACGGAGGAAAAUAUCUUCCUGUUUGUGCCUAACCUCAUUGGUUAUGCCCGGAUUGUCUUCGCCCUCAUUUCUUUUUACUUCAUGCCCUGCUGCCCCCUCACGGCCUCCUCCUUCUACUUGCUCAGCGGACUUCUCGACGCUUUCGAUGGACACGCAGCUCGAGCCCUUAAUCAAGGGACCCGGUUUGGAGCCAUGCUGGACAUGCUGACCGACCGCUGCUCUACCAUGUGUCUGCUCGUCAACCUCGCCUUGCUCUACCCCCGUGCCACCCUUCUCUUCCAGCUCAGCAUGAGCUUGGACGUUGCUAGUCAUUGGCUGCACCUUCACAGUUCUGUAGUCCGAGGCAGUGAGAGUCACAAGAUGAUUGACCUGUCUGGAAAUCCAAUUCUUCGCAUCUAUUAUACCUCCAGGCCCGCUCUGUUUACCCUGUGUGCCGGCAAUGAGCUCUUCUACUGCCUCCUCUACCUGCUCAACUUCUCCGAGGGCCCUUCAGUCGGCUCUGUGGGUCUUUUCCGUCUGGGCCUCUGGAUCACCACCCCUAUAGCCUUGCUCAAGUCCCUUAUCAGCGUCGUUCACCUGGUCACAGCUGCGCGCAACAUGGCUGCCCUGGAUGCAGCUGACCGUGCCAGGAAGAAGUGAGCCAAACCUCCGGCCCCAGCUGCCACCUGCCCUGGAGUCACUCUGCACGCGGCUCCCUUUCCCUUCUAGGAGCCUCAGGCCCGUCUUCCUAAUGUGCUGUCUGAUCUGCUAGGAGGGGUUCUUGCUCUUCCACUCCUGUGAUGUCUAAGGACCUGGAUGUCAAACCAGGAGGAUGUUCAGGUCCUGCCUAUGUGGACAGUGUUCCUGGGUGCCAGGAGGCCUUUCUGAGGGCUAGACAUGGUCACACUCGACUGCCCUGGCCUGUGACCGGGUUCUUAGCUCUGUGGUCUGGCUUGGGACACUUGAGUGAGGAGGAGAAGUGGGAAGGGCCUCGUUUCCCAACGAGCAGGGCCAGAGGAAGCCUAGCCAGAGGAAGCCUGCAGGAACCACAUCCAGGAGAGAAGGAGCCAUUUAGAGCCUUCUUGCAUUGUCUUGGUCCCGCCCUUCUGGCUGGGAAAGCUGCUGUAAUAAAGGUGGAGCCUUACUUCCUGGGUGUGGAUUCCUUUCAGAUUCUGUGGACGCCAGGGUAUAUGGGGAGGGGAAUAGGAAGCUCUUUCUGGAUGCUUUCUGGCUUCCUUCCUGUCAUUCUUGUGUCUUCACAAAGGGACUGUCUGCCUCCAAGCUCAUGUCACGUUCUUUUCCCCACCUGCUCUCUUUUCUAUACAGAUUUCUCACUGGAUAUCCAUAUUUAUUUGUCUAACUGAUGCGUCUGCUCCACUAGAAUGUAAAUUCCGUGAGGGCACAAAUUUUUCUGGUUCCUUAUCUAUUCCUACAAUGAAGAGAAAUCUUAAUUGAGCCUACACUAGCUGCUUAAUAAAUAUUCACAAAUAGGUCA